AUGCAGGUCGAUCCAGGUGCCAAAACUGGCGACCCGCCCAAAUUAAUACGUGGUACAUCAGCCGAACAUCCACAUGUUAAAAGUGUUACGGUUGUUGAAACACCGAAUCAUACGCCGACCAGUAAACGACAUGCUUUGGCUGGGAGCUCAGCUAGCUCGGGAGGGGGUGUUGAACGGAUGACAAGGGGUGUUGAAGGUGGAAUGAGGAGUGGAGAAGGCUUGACCAAGGCUGUAAGGGCUGGAGAAGGUGGUACUAAUACUGGGAGGCCUGGUGAAGCUUCUAAAAGGUCUGAUAGGCAUGGUGAAGGUACAGUGAUAAGGCCGUUUAAAGAUUCUGAUCAACCUACAGGCUCCCUAGAGAACCCUGAAGACUUCCCCACAGAAUCAACCUUUACCUCGUACUCUACAGCACCAGGUGAAGUAUCACCUCACAGUGCCCCCUCUAGUACUCUGGAAAGCCGAGUUCAGUUUGAAGUAGGAUCAGCCAAGUUUAAACCAACAGUAUCUGCGACAAACUCCACCUCUUCAGUAACCCCAUCUACCGUAAUCAACCCAACAAUAUUUCAAGCCGAUACUGUAAACCCAGUACCAGUAAAGCGAGUAGUGAUAAACGAGAAAGGUGCCCAUAUACGAGGUCUAUCUACUGGUGAUAUUACUAACCAUAUAAGGGCAAGCGCGUCCGCCAAAGAUCUACCGGUAAUAAUAACUAGCGAGAACUUGGCCUGGCCUACUACAGCACUAACAGUAUCAGCCUCGCGCAAUCACAAAGACCUAGGCGAAACCAACUCGAAUGGCAGUGCACAUUCAGCUAUAUCGUUACCACCAUUAGCACCAACUAGAGAGCUGGGCCAGUUAACUUCACCUACGGGCUGUACCACUUCAAUCAGUGGUGGUACUAUCAUCAAGAAUGAGCGACAAAUCUCGCCGAAACUGGAUCGACAACUUCAUGGCUACGGAUCAUCAGCUACAUUAUUAUCGACUACUCAAAGAGGUAACCAUCUGAAUACCGGACCCACGCCUAGCCGUAAUCCGUCAGUAAAAUCAAACGCUGGACUGAUUACUAGCGAUUCUGGAGCGGCGGCUAGGAUCAAAAGCUUGAGACGGAGAAUAUCUCAUACUCUGCUCUUCGUACCAGAACAACGUCGAGUCUCUACAGCAUCUGGAGUCAGCGUAACAUCGUGUCCAACCACGGAAGACGGUAUAGAUUCGGACGAAGGGAUUAGCACCAGUACCUCACAACAGCAGCCUUACUCUCAGCCUACAAAACGAAGGUACCAACCGGCUACACAACGGGAAUCCAGCUUCAGACAACCACUUCUUGACAACAAUUCUGGAUCCUCAUUAUCAAUCAAUGCACCAGCCAGACGAAAGAGUAUACAACCAGCUGCACCAUGCAUAGGCUUCCCCGCCAAACGUACCAUCCAAAGAACUUACGGCCAUCAACCCUUCGGCCGACGUUCAAGCCAACCAGAAAUGAAUAUAGCAGCCAAACUAGCCUUGUUAGGUCUAGCACAAGCCCCCGCAAGCCAAGCUCAAACUAUAACUGGGGUAAGCCUAAACCCCCCCGACUCGCGGCCGGAGGUCUCGCUAGCGAAACGAGUAUCGUGGAUGAGUAUGAAGAGCCUGAACGAUCCUAUGGAUCCAUUCAAUGACAUUCGAAAAGAACGCGAUUCCGGAGGCAUUACCAGUCGAUAUGAUUCAAGAACCAACAGCCAGAUGGGCAGUGUGGUACAGUUGAAUGAUACGUACGAGUUGGAGUCGGACACUCCACCUAUUGAUACUAUGAGUUGGAGCAAUUUGGGUAAAACAAUGUUUUUGAAUUGAAAAUUUUUAAAAAUUUUGAAAAUUUAAAAAAAAAUUUUAAAAAGUUUUAAAAAACUUUAAAAAAUUUCGAAAAUUUCAAAAAAUUUAAAACAAAACUUUAAAAUUUCAAAAAAAUUAAAAAAAAACUUUAAAAUUUCAAAAAAUUUCUGGAAAUUUCAAAAUUUUAGAAAAUUCGAAAAAUUUUAAAAAAUUUUUUAAAAAUUUUAAAAAAUUUCGAAAAUUUAAAAAAAAAUUUUUUAAAACUUUCGAAAAUUAUAAAAAUCAAAUUUCAGACGAAUUCGACAACGUGACCCUGAUGUACUCCAAGCACGAGAAGAUUCCAAUGAAAGACUUUGGAAGUGAAAUCCGUGCCACUAUGGAUAUUGACCAUCUGCUCAACAAGGCCGUUCUCCUACUAGACCUGCAAGAGACGUCAUUGGAAGAGAUUUUUGCCAAAAUCAUUCACGAAAUGGACAUUCAGGAGCCGGAGUUUACUAGUGAACAAGUCAGAUCGGUGCUGUUUACUCAGGAUGCUGGGAAUCAGUGUAAGGUUUUUGUGUUUUGUAUUUGGGGUGGCGAGGAGGGGGGGAGGGAUUUUAAGGGCUGAUAAGACUUUUUUGGUAGGGGGUGGAAUGUUUGAGGAUAGGGCGGAUUAUAGGGGAGGGUAAAUUUUGAGGUAACGGGGAUAUUGUAGGGCAGGGUAAAUUUAGAGGUAGGGUGGGGCGGAUUGUAGGGUAGGGUAACUUUUGGGGCUUGAGCAAAGAUUUUUAAAUUUUAUAAAGGGGGGGGGGACGUUAAUUUUUAAAUUCAGCUGGCUGUAUAAAUAAUAUUUUUGGAAGGGGUGGAUUUUUGGGUAGCUCAUUUUCUAGGAAGAGGGGAAGGUAGAUCAGGAAGAGGAAAAGGCUUAAAAAUUGGGCAGGGUAAAUUAUAGUAGGGUAGGGUAAAGUACUGUAGGGUAGGGCAGGGUAGAGCAGGGCAGGGUUCGGGUAGGGUAGCGUAAGGUAGGGUAGGGUAGGGUAAGAUAAGGUAAGGUAAGGUAGGGUAAGUUAUAGUAGGGUAAGGUAAGGUAGGUUAGGGCAAUGUAGGGUAUGGUAGUGCAGAGUAGGGUAGGUCACUGCAACAUUUUCUAAUUUAAAAUAAAUUUAAAAAAUUUUUAGUUCACAUUCUAAGUCGCACAGUGCAAAGCAUUUGCACGACCGGCACAGUCGGAGGCACGUUCGACUACGAUCAAACGUGGAUCUGUGCUCUAUGUAUGUUGAAUACGGUACAACAUAGACAUGUCGCCAUUGCUCGAUUGUCACAUCCAACAAAUUUGGGUCGAACGAUGCAGGACUUGAGGUUUAUCAUCAUUGUCAUUGCACCAUCAAGAGCGGUAAGGGCUUGGCAUGGGAAAUUAAUUUUUUUGGGGGUAGGCAGGGGAAAAGUGGAUGGAGGGGUAAAAAUUAAAAAAUUGUAUUAGGAGGUGCAUUUUGCGUUAGAAAUGAAAUUUUUAGGAUUUUUGCGGGCGGGGUAAAAAAAUUUUAUUUUUCAGGGGUGGAUUUUUAAAAAUUUUGUCAGAAAUGUGGACUUCUUACAGCGAAGAGAGGGUUAAUUUUUUUUUAUUUUGGGGGUGGAUUUUAAAAAUUUUUUAUAAUGAAAUGUUUUGUUUCAGAAAGGUACCAAAACAGCUCUAGAAACGACUAGGACUUUUGCGACACUUUUUGCUGAUAUGGAUAUUAGGCAGAAGUUAGUAAUGGCACAGACUGUCGACGUCUUCCGAGCUACGUUAUUAGAUGCGGCCAAGGAGUUGGCCUUGGAACAGUCACAGUGGAGGGAACGGAAGGCUUCGAUUCAUUUGAGCGAGGCUAAGGAGCAAGUGGUGAGUGUUACAUUUUGCUAUUACCUUUGAUAUUACUCUUGAUUUCACUCUUAAUUCUGCCUCUACCACUACCCCUACCACUACUCCUACCCCUACCCCUACCCCUACUCCUACCCCUACCCCUACCCCUACCCCUACCCUUACUACUACCCCUACCCCUACUCCUACCGCUAACUCUAUUGGUACCUCUACAUCUACCCCUACCCCUACCCUUACUCCUAUUCUUAUCCCUACCUUUACCCCUACCCUUACUCUUAUCUCUACAUCUACCCCUACUCCCACUCCUACCUUUAUCCCUACCCUUACUUUUUCCCUUACCCCGUACCCCAAAGCCAAGUUCUACCCUUACCUCUAUGCCUACCCUGACCCCUGCCUUUUUCCCUACUCCCUACUCUUUGCAUCUACCCCUACCGUGAACUUUAUUCUUAUAGUCGUACUGUAAUCAAUACCUUAACCCUUUUUUUCAGUUUGGUACCGGCCCAUGGUACCCAAUGCGAGGACUGUUCGCUGACAUUCGACGACGAAAAGCCUCUUAUAUAUCAGAUUAUCUUGAUGGUAAGUUUAUAUAUUAAAAGUCAAAAGACAUAUUUUUACUACUGUAACUUUUUGGUAUUACCUUAAGGUUUUCAAAACGUUGUUUUUUGGUACUAAAUUUUAAAAAUUUUUAGUUAUUUAUUAGGUGCGGACAUAAAGAACCCGCCAUACUUUUCCUGUAAUUUUCUGUAAAAAAUGGCGGGUUCUUUAUGUCGGCAUCUAAUACUUAUUAUUAGGUCGUUCACUCAAUUCUACGCCCCUUUUCUGAGCAAUUUUUCGUUGUUAUGGGGCUGCAGAAUUAAGUGAAUGACCGAAUAUAUGGUAGAGUAGGUUAAGGUAGAGUAUUGUAUGAUAGUAAAAAGUUAAUAAUGAAUUUGUUUCAGGUCUCAGGGGUCAUCGAACGAUCUCAAAACUCUUUUCUACGAUUAUUUUUCUCUAUUUCGCGUGUUUGUUACCGGCCAUUGCCUUUGGCGUCUUGAAUGAUGACAAUACAAAUGGUGGAAUCAGUAAGUUGUUUCUUACUAACCUUGGUCACAUUAUGACAAACUGGUACCUUUAGUAUUAUUUUUGACAUUUUUUUGUUUUGGUACUAUAAGAAACACUAAAAAUGGUACAGUUGGUACUGUUUUGUGUAAUGGUACUGAUGGUACUGUUUUGCUUAAUGGUACUAUUGGUACUGUUUUGUGUAACGGUACUGAUGGUACUGUUUUGCUUAAUGGUACUAUUGGUACUGUUUUGUAUAAUUUUACUUAUGGUACUAUUUUUAUUAUGGUGCUUAUAGUACUAUUUUUUUAUAGUGGUACUACUGGUACUGAUCUGUAUAAUGGUACUAUUGAUACUGUUUUUCAUAAUUUUACUUAUAGUGCUAUUCUUAUUAUGGUACUGUAGUACUAUUUUUUAUAGUGAUACUUCUGGUACUUUUUUGUGUAAAGGUACUAUUUUGAGUAAUGGUACUACUGGUACUGUUUUGUACAAUUUUACUUAUGGUACUGUUUUUUAUAAUUUUACUCCUGGUGCUGUUAGUACUAUUAUAAUGGUACUUCUGGUACUGUUUUUGUGUUAUGGUACCACUGGUACUGUUUUUGAUAAUUUUACUCAUGGUGCGGUUUUCAUUACAGUGCUGUUAGCAAUAUUUUGUAUAAUGGUACUUCUGGUACUAUUUUUGUGUAAUGGUACUACUGGUACUACUUUAAGCAUGAAGUCGAACCUUCAGUACAAUAUACGGCGUUAUGCUUUAAAAUCGAAAUUUUCGACUUGUAAAGAAAGUUUUUGCGUUUUGAUAACAAUUUUUUCAAUUUUAGACGUGCGAAAGGUAGUGUUUGCUCAAGCCGUCGGCGGGAUUUUCUUUUCAAUAUUCGGCGGCCAACCAAUGAUAGUACUGCUCACAACUGUACCUCUUGCAAUUUACAUAAAAGGUGAGCGGGAGGGGGGGGUUGGGUAUGGUAGGGCAUGUUAUAUUAGGGUAAGGUAAUAUAGAUUAAGGUAGGGUGGGUAAGGUAGGCUAGGGGUUGAAAUGUAGGGUUGGGUAGGGCGGGAGUAGAUAUGUAGGGUAGGCUGGUGGUAGAAAUGUUGGGUGAGGUAGAAAUAUAGGGCUGGGUUGGAAAUGUUUGGUUGGGUAAGGUAGGAUGGGGUAGAAAUUUAAGGCGGGCUAUGCUAGAAUUGGGGUAGAAAUGUCGGGCGGGGUAAAUUAGAGCGGGGGUAGAAAGGACAAGGCUCCGCUCAAGGAGGAGCAUGAUAAGAUAGGAUUAGGCUUAUUAAUGGUUUCUAAUGACACAAUUUUCUUUUCAGUCAUAUAUCGGAUAUCAGAAUCGCUCAAUUAUGAUUUCUACGCCAUGUACGCGUGCGUCGGUUUAUCGUGUCAAAUGUUUCUAAUAUUGUAUGCCUGUACGGAGCUGUGUAGUUUCAUGAAGCUGGCUACGAGGUAAGGCUUGAAUUUUAUUAGGUUGCUCAAAUAAUUUUGAGCUAUUCAAAAAGGUUGUUCAAAUAAUUUUGAGCUAUUAUUAAAAGGCUGUUCAAAUAAUUCUGAGCUUUUUUUUCUAAGCAAAUUUGCUUGGUUAGGGGGCGCAAAACUAUUUGAACAAUCUAUUACUAGGCUUGGCUUAGGCUUGGUUUUUAAGUUAUCAUAACUCUUUGAAAAAGCUAGGUAUAGCUAUGAAAUUGAUGGACUAGAUACUAAUUUUCAAGGGCUGCAAGGUGUAUAAUAUCAUUUUUUGUUAAUAGGCAUGUACUUUUUGAAUAAUGAAAAAAAAACUGGUUUUUUACGGAUUUUUUUGACUUCUAAGUAGGGGUACAGUAAAAGUACUGUAACUUUUUUAUUUUAGUAAUUUUCUAAAUUUUGAUUUUGUGGGUUGAUGUAGAAAAGAAUGAGCUACAAAUUAUCAACUUUUCAAAUCCAUACCUAAUCUUACAAAUAAGUUAUGACUAAAACAAAUAUUUUUCCGGAUUUUUUCGACGAUUUUGGUGGUACUGUAGAAGUACUGUAACUUUUUUAUUUUUUUUAUUUUCUAAAUUUUGAUCUUGUGGUUUGAUGACAAAAAGAAUCAGCUACAAUAAUGCUAAUUUUCAAGUUUAUACCUAUUCUUCCAAAAAAGUUAUGGCUAUAACAACAAAAUUAUGGCCAAAAUAACUCAUUUGACCCAAUUUCAGAUCAGCCGAAGAGAUGUUCUCCCUUUUCAUAGCCAUAGCCUUUACCGUGGAGAGUUUUCGAGCCAUUCACCACACCUUCGAAAUCAACUACAACGGCUGUGACGACACGAUCGAAGGGAGUAAAAUCAACUCGGCCAAUCACACCUUAAACGGCCUAAAACCCUGUCAUCGAGACACUUCCGUACUCUACGUUCUAUUGAUGCUCGGUACCAUGUGGAUGGGCAUGUCAUUGUACAAUUUUCGAAAAACACCCUACCUGACGAGGACUAGGAGGGAAUGGCUAGCGGACUAUGCACUACCGGCCAGUGUCAUGAUUAUGACGUUUUUGGGCGCGGUUGGGUUUAGUGAGAUUGAAAGUAAGUGGGAGGGCACUGGGGAGGGGUAAAUUUUUUUUGUAGGGGGGAGGGGGUAAAAAAUUUUUUUUUGAAAAAAGGGGCUAUUUUUGAAAAUUUAGGUUAGGAAAUGGAAUUUUUUGGUUUUUUUGGUCGGGCGGGGUAGAAAAAUUGAGGGCGUGGAUUUUUAAAUUUAAAAAAAAAAUGAUAGUUUUUUUAAUGUUGGUUUUUAAAGUAAAAUCUUUAAAAAUUUUUUUAUGGAAAAUGAGGGUUUUUAUGACUUUUGUUACCUAAAAUAACAUUUUUUUACGAUUUCUGUUACCUAAAGUAAUAUUUUUUAUUUUUUGCUGAAAAUCAAGAUUUUUACGAUUUAUGUUACCUAAAAUACCUUUUUCUGUUAAUUUUUUCUUAAAAAUCAUGAUUCUAUGACAUUCCCCACCAAUGUCAUCAUUUUCAGAAGACAUGUUCCCAGUCCGAACGGAGAUCCCAUUGAUCGCUUCGCCUGACAUUUUCUCGUUACCUCUCGAAGCAUAUCCGAUUUGUAUCCUAUUGGGCUUCUUUUUGUCAUUUUUAUUCUACAUGGACCAAAACAUAACGAGUGCCAUCGUGAACAACAGUCAGAACAAGCUGAAGAAGGGCAGUGCAGUACAUUUGGACAUGUUCGUGGUGGCCAUUUUGAACUGUUUCUUAUCAAUUGGAGGGUUACCAUGGUAAGCAUUGAUGGUUUAUCGUUUUGGAAUUGAAUUGUGAAGCUUAUUUAAAUUAAACAUUGCAUUUUUAUGCUUCAAGUUAGCUUUUAAGGCUAAUAGAAUGAAGAUAUUGUAGUAGCCCAAUAAUUGUUCUAAAAAUCGUCGUAAUUUUUUCAAUUUUUAAAAUUUUGAAAAAAUUGUUGCUGAUUCAGAAUCAGCAUCAAAUUCUGAUCUAGAAUCAUACUAUUUUUUAUUUUUGCGGUUUACUUUCACCCGUCCGUGUCUAGUAUAGUGGUAGUGCGCCAGAAUUUUUGGCGCGAAACCACCUGGGUUCGAAUCCGGUUGGGUGCAAUGAUCGAUAAAUUGCUUUCAGAGCUAAAAAGAUUAUUUUCAUAGAAGGUCGUUUUUAAAAAUGUUUUUUAAAGUUUUAAAAAUUUGUUUUAAGUAUGUUUAAAUGUGGUAUUGAUAAUAUCACCUAAAAUUGGAACUUUUUCAGGAUGCACGGUGCUUUACCGCACUCACCGCUGCAUUUACGAGCGUUGGCUGAUGUGGAAGAGCGGGUAGCUCAGGGACAUGUUCAUGAAGUGUAGGUUUUUUAGUAUUUUUAGAGGUUAGGAUAGGCAUGGGUAAUAUAAUAAGGUCUAUGGUCUUACGGUAAAGCAGGGUAUGGUAGUACGGUAGAGUAUAGUAGGGUAGGGUACUGUAGAAUAGGGUUAAGUAGGCUUUGGGACUGUAGUAUGGAGUAGAGUUAGGUGGGUUAGGGUGCGUAACGUUAGGGUAGGGCACUGUUGAAUAAGGAAAAUUAGGCUUGGGUAAUGUAGUUGUAUGGUAAGCCGGGGUUGUAUAGAGUAGGAUAGGGUACUGUAAGUUACGGUACUUGACUUAUAUUUUUAAAAAACUUCAUUUCAGAAUAAUGAACGUCCGCGAGACCCGCUUAGCCAGUCUAAUAGCCCACGUCCUCAUAUUAAUGUCAUCAUUCGGCUUAAUACCGUAUCCAAUACGAUGGAUCCCGACGUCAGUACUACACGGUCUUUUCCUACAUAUGGCAUUCACAUCGUUGGCAGGGAAUGAAAUGGUCGAAAGAUUACUACUACUAAUCACCGAGCAACAAGCCUACCCACCCACCCAUUACAUCAGAAGGGUACCGCAGAGGAAGGUGCACUUGUUUACGGCGUGUCAACUGAUUCAACUGGUCGUUUUGUGUGCGGUCGGGUUCUCGCCAUACCCAUUUGUGGAGAUGGUGUUCCCGAUUGUUUGCUUCUGUUUUCUUCCUAUUAGGUAUGGUUUUAAAAUUUUUUUUAAAUUGAGGAAAUGACUUUUGAGAUAGGGAUGCUGUAAGUUAGGGUCGGGUUACUGCGAGGGAAGGUACGGUAAGGUAGAGUAAAUUUACGGAAAUGUAGAUUAGGGAUAUUUUGAGUUUGGGCAGGGUACUGUAAGGUAAAUACGAUAAGGCGGAGUAGGAGGACGGAAAAAGAAAAACUUAGCUUAAGCAUACUAAGCUCAAGCUUACCAAGUUUAAGCCUACUAAGCCUAGAUCUACUAAGCCUAAAUCUACCAAGCUUAAACUUACUAAGCCUAGACUGCUUAGUUUAAGCGUAAGCCUACUAUAAUAAAUAAAAGUGAUAUUGUUAUAGACACAUUCUGAUACCUCGGCUCAUAGACUACAAGUACUUGGACGCGUUGGAUGGGCGUCACUAA